AUGAUGCGCGGAAAAACUAUUAUAGUGACAGGAGCUAACAGCGGUAUUGGAAAAGCAACGACCGUAGAGCUUCUGAAGCAGCAGGGCCGUGUUAUUAUGGCUUGUCGGGACCGACAACGAGCAGAGGAGGCAGCCCAAGACAUACGGCUGAAAGCCGGACCCGAUCAAGGGGAGCUUGUGAUCAAACUCUUAGACCUCGCGUCCCUCAAAUCUGUGCAUAGUUUUUGUGAAGAGAUCAUUAAGGAGGAGCCCAGGCUUGAUGUUCUCAUCAAUAAUGCAGGGGUUUAUCAGUGCCCUUAUACCAAGACUGAGGAUGGCUUUGAGAUGCAGUUUGGAGUUAACCACCUGGGGCACUUCCUGCUCACGCAUCUCCUGCUCGACCUGCUGAAACGUUCGGCCCCUAGCCGCAUUGUAGUAGUGUCAUCCAAACUCUACAAGUAUGGUGAGAUCAACUUUGAUGACCUGAACAGCGAGCAGAGCUACAGUAAGGCGUUUGCCUAUAGCCGUAGCAAGCUGGCUAACCUGCUUUUUACCCUCGAGUUGGCUCAAAGGCUGGAGGACACAGGAGUGACGGUUAAUGCUCUUACCCCGGGUAUUGUGAGGACUAACCUGGGCAGGCACAUUCAUAUCCCACUCCUUGUUAAGCCCAUUUUUAACCUAGCCUCCUUGGCAUUCUUUAAGACACCUGAGGAAGGAGCACAGACGUCCGUGUACCUGGCCUGCUCACCAGAAGUGGAAGGCAUUCAGGGGAAAUGCUUCGCCAACUGCCAGGAGGAGGAGCUACUGCCAAAAGCCACCAAUGAAGAAGUCGCGAAGAAGCUCUGGGACAUCAGUGAGGUUAUGGUCGGCAUCACUGUCUGA